ACGGAACGUUAAUUUGUUAAUGAAAUUGUCAAUGUUAUUUUAUCCGGGAAGAAAUGUUUACAGUUUGUUGAGGUGUUGUACAACUUCUUGCAAUAAAAGAGUUAAAUCAUGGCAUCUACCAGUAAACCUGGUGGGACUGGAUUGGAAGAGGUAGGCGUCCCAGGUCAAACUUUCCUUCGUGAUGCUUUGACUAGCUGUACUGAUCCCCUAAAAGCUAUUGAAGAGUUUCAACUUGAAAAUGGUAUUCUUUUACCGUCUCUAAGGCCUAUGCUGCCUCUGCUUGACUUACACGGCGUUCGCCGACUUGAUUUUCAUACAUCUGUUUUGGAGGAACUGAGAGACAAACUCAUAGUGCACAUAAAUGAACUCGGCUCAAAAGAGGGUAAAGAGAAUGAUAAGAAACUAAAAGAUCUACUAGCAAAGAGCUUUGCAAUCGUUAGGAUAAAAGCCUUAAGACCUGUAAUAAUGAGUAUAUUAAAAAAUACUCCUCACAUUGAUGAUAAGUACCUUAGAGUUUUAGUAAGAGAUCGUGAAUUAUACAAUGAUACAGACACAGAGGUUAAGCGGCAAAUAUGGCAAGAUAAUCAAUCUCUUUUUGGAGAUGAAGUUUCUCCUCUACUUAGCCAAUAUAUAAGAGAAAAGGAGAAUGUAUUAUUUGACCAUGAAAAUCUUACUAAUCUGUUCUUUUCACCUUCACCAAAAGUAAGAAGACAAGGUGCCGUAGUUCAGAAACUUGCUCAUAUGAUAGGCACUAGUGUCAAACUCUAUGAUAUGGUGCUUCAGUUUCUACGGACAUUAUUUUUACGAACAAGAAAUGUACAUUACUGCACCUUGAGAGCUGAGCUACUUAUGGCACUUCAUGAUUUAGAAAUACAAGAUAUUAUAUCAGUUGACCCUUGCCACAAAUUCACCUGGUGUUUGGAUGCUUGUAUCAGAGAAAGAAAUGUGGAUAUUAAGAGAUCUCGUGAACUCCAAGGGUUUCUAGACAGUAUUAAAAGAGGACAGGAACAGGUUCUUGGUGAUUUAUCUAUGACCUUAUGUGACCCAUAUGCUAUUAACUUUUUAGCAACCUCAGCCAUAAAAAUACUGCAGCAUUUGAUUAAUACUGAAGGUCUUCCAAGAGAUAAUACAAUACUGAUUCUUUUAUUAAGGAUGUUGGCAUUAGGCCUAAGUGCUUGGGUAAUGAUUGAUUCUCAAGAGUUUAAGGAACCCAAAUUGGAUAGUCAAGUUGUAACUAAAUACUUACCCGCACUAAUGUCACUUAUGGUGGAUGACCAAGUGCGAGCCCUGCACAACAAAUUACCACCAGAUGAGAGAGAAUCUGCAAUUACCACUAUAGAACAUUCCGGGCCCCCUCCAGAUGCAUGUGAGGCAUACAUGAGAGAAAGUACUGUAUGUGGGGUUUUAGCUAUGUAUUAUACAUUGCAUGCUGCUAAACUACGUGAUCGUGGAGCCCUACUACGUAUCCUCAGUAUACUUGGUAGUUGCAAAGAUGGUCGUGCAUAUGAAGAUCCAUUUUUACAUGCCCUCGUAGCACUGUUAAUUCAGCUACCGGAUGAAUUCCAAGGUGAAGACUUUAGUACAGUAUUGUUUGAUGAAUUCUUCUUUGCGGGGCUUACUAAAGACAAUGUUACACGACAUAUUCUCAAAUUGCUAUGGUACAUACACCCUAAACUACCAGAAACAAGAAUACAUACACUAAUGAAGGCAUUACAGCCCGGCACACAGCAUAAUGAGUCUGUGCACAAGUUGCAUGAGGCUUUGCAACAAAAAUUAAACACCCAAGCAGAACCAGCACCCAGUACUAGCGAAAUUGAAUAUUUGGACUCUCCCUUGAUGAGUGUGCCUACACCUGCACCUUAUCACAUGUGAACUUAAUUUUUUAAGUGUAAAGAUUUUUGACUUUUUAA